AUGAGCAAAGACCAUACUAUUUCUGGUUCUGAAAAAGGACAACGUCUUGCAAGAACUACGUAUCCAACGUAUGACCGGAACAAACUUCCUACGUUACAGGAAGUCCUUAGUCGUAAAACGGCGCCUCCUGUAUGUCUUUACAACUUUUAUCUUUACAUGAGAGAUAGAGAGCAGGCAUCAGAAUAUCUAGAUUUUUAUCUUGAUGUAUUAGAACAUGAAAAUAUAUGCAAAGCAUUCGUAAAAGACAUAAAAAAACUUGGAUUGGAUCUCAACAUUGAAUAUCCAGAGUAUGAAAGGUAUCGACCUGCUGGUAUAGCACCGGAAAAAGGUAAAUUGAGUAGACUUAGCGUAGCCACGAGUAAUGAUGGGGGUGUUCAAAGACAAUUGAGCGCUUCAUCACGUGAGUCAAAUGUCACAAAUAGCACCGGUGGCGUUUUUGAUACCCCUUCACGCCCUGAUUCACCAUAUUCAGGCCAACACAUAAUCGAUAUAGCGACUGCGAAUAAAGCAUCACGAUUUACGAGACAUAGAGAUUCAGUUCGAUCAAACAAGACUAAUACUACCACAGGCAAUCUUUCUUUUUAUGGACGGGAACGUCCAUUUACGAAAGAUGAUCUUCGCGAAUCUGCGGAACGUAUUUAUUACAAAUAUCUUAACGAGGAAUCUGAAAAAGAGAUCGAGUUGUCAGAUCAUACUCGUGAAAAAAUAAAACUUAUUAUGGAAGAAGAAAGUGGCACUCUAAACAAAAGAGCUGAUCCAUGGAUUUUUUAUGAGGCAAAAAGGGAGCCACCAUUACGAAGGUUAUGUUCAGAUAAUAAUUUGCCUUUCAACGACAAUACAGCCGUCGAACACUCUCCACAAAAAAAAAUACACAUCGAAUGUGAUCCAGAAUUCUACCUCAAUGACACAUUGCAUAAAUUACCUAAGCAUGGUGUCAAGCUUAAUUAUAUUGAACAGAUAAUUGACAGUUUACAAAAAGAAAAAGAAGCUGAAAAAAAAGACCAAUUUGAAGAUGACAUGAACGACGAUGUUAAGGAUGAUGAAGAUAUUUGUUCUGAUUCACAUGACGAUGAAAGAUCACUUUUAAAAAAAGAUGAACAGAAAAUUUUAAUAGAUGGUCGGCAUAAUGGUGAAAGACCAGCUGAUAGAGAUGUUCAGCAAAUGGUCAUGGAAGGUUCACCAACUUUCCAAGUUACAAAUGAAAGUGGUGUGACAUUUGAUGAACCAAUAAGCCCCAAAAGGGCGCGUGAAAGUGUUGAAUUAAAGGAUUUAAAUUCUUUCCUUGUAUCUGGUAACACCAAUAAAGAAUCGAUAGAUCAACCUCGUGCAAAAAGAACACGUCAAGAUGAAGCAAUCAAAAUAGACGUCAAUGCAACUGAGGGUUUUGAGACCAUUUCACAUUGUAUGACCCAUGGUGCCGAUAUGAGCAGCCAUUCAGAGAAACCUAAUUCUGAAUCAACUUUUUCCGAUGAAAUAUUUGAGAUUGAAGAAAGAUUAGAAAAAAAUGAAGAGGUUUAUAAAGAAAACCCAUUACGUUUAUUGAUGGAAGUCGCGUUGGUUGAUAUGGUAUGUUUUUUUAUAUUAGCUCUUCAAAGUGGAUUCGUACUUAUAUUUAUUCAUUUGUAA